ACCUGUGUGGCGUAAAGGCCUGCGAAAUUUCGCCUGCAGCCAAUUUGCUAUUGCUUGGCUGCCAUCCGCUUUCCAUGUCACGGUUUCAACACAGUUCUAUGCCCCGAUGUGACCAUGAUCUCUCGUGAAAAGGUGGGUAGAAUCUCCGAACGCUCGAUGCAGGGUGUAGUGAGGUGUACCUAGUGCCUUGUAGUCGGUGGUCAACGACAGUGAAUGGGGAGUUGUCGUCGUAGGGGUUUUGUAUGAACGUAGUCCGGACUUCGAGGACUAUUGUGUGCCUAGGGAGGAAUUAAAAGAAGACAUUUUGCUUGGGUGUUAGUGAAGGGCCGUGCAAUGUGGCCAACAUUAUAAGAACACCCUCCUAGAGAAGUUGAUUCAUUGUUACAUAUUGAAUUGAUAGUACCCCGCGAUAAAGAACGGCGGUGGUACAUUUUGCGUGAGGUGAAUUAAUCGAUGCGUUCAAGCCCGUUUUCAUCUGUACUGCAGAAUGAUGGUGACCGACGGGGAGGGUGCAUCCUUCGAUAUUGUCAAGGCCACUCAAUAUGGAGUGCUUUCGCGCGUUAGACAACUCGUUGAAGAGGAGGGGCACGGCGUCAAUGAACGUGAUUGUGAAAAUGUUACUCUGCUGCACUGGGCUGCCAUCAACAAUCGAUUGGAACUUGUACAUUACCUUGUGAGUCGAGGCGCUAUCGUGGAUGCAAUUGGAGGAGAGCUUGAGUCCACUCCAUUGCAAUGGGCUGUCCGGCAGGGUCACCUAUCGAUGGUGGUGCUUUUGAUGAAGUAUGGAGCUAAUCCAACGCUACGCGAUGGCGAAGGUUGUUCAUGUAUCCAUUUAGCUGCUCAGUUUGGUCAUACACCGAUCGUCGCUUACCUCGUUGCGAAGGGGGUUAAUAUCAACUUGGAGGACAAGAAUGGCAUGACGGCGCUAAUGUGGUCAACAUACCGUGUACAGACCUCAGCAGACCCCACCCGCCUGCUACUUACUCUGGGGGCUAGUCAUUCAAUGAGCGACCGCGUCCAUAAGAAUACGCCAUUACACUGGGCGGUAUACGCUAAGAAUUUGACCGCCCUCACUCAGUUGGUCAAAAUGGGCGCCGACGUGAGCGCCGAAAACGCUCAGGGGACAACACCCAAACAAAUGGCGGCCAAUAGCAAUCAAACGUUUCUGCUCAACAAACUGCAGCAAGCCGAACAACCAAAGACGAUCUGCAAAAUCCCGCGUGACAAACUCCUCAAUCAGUGGCUAGUAAUGUGUGUGCCGUUUUUCGGGUUCGUUGCCAUCGGCAGCAUCUUGCAAAGCGAGUUACCAGCUAUACUCAAGGUUCUGGCAUUAAUGAUGACUAUCAUAGCGGGAGGGACGUUAACGAAGUACCUUUGCAUGGACUACCUACCAGUGUGUACGUAUCUGGCGACUAAGUUUUGGAUGUAUGUCACUUGGUUUCUGGAGUUUGCAAAGUACGUCCGGCUUGAGGUAAACAUGCUGUUUAUCUUCUGCUCGGCCGGGCUCUUCUACAACUUUUGGAGAUCGUGGCGGGCUGAUCCGGGCAUUAUACCAAAGGAUCGGGACCAUCAGUUUCGAACGAUUAUCGAGCUAUCCGAACGUGAUGGUUUCGACGCAACGUUAUUUUGCAGCUCGUGCCUGGUUCGCAAGCCGCUCCGUUCCAAGCAUUGCUCAAUCUGUGACUGCUGUGUAGCCCGAUUCGACCACCACUGUCCGUGGGUGGCAAACUGUAUCGGGGCAAAGAAUCAUAAAAAUUUUAUGCUGUACCUCUUCUUUCUCUGUAUCAUGUUAUCGUUCGUCUGGUACGCUUUGUACGAAUACUUUACAGGCCGCAAUUACAAACUACAUAAUGGCGAAGCCAGCACCCUUACCGUAAUGAGCGAAUCAGGCUGGGUGUCCUGGGUAAUGGCCAACACGUUACUACACUCGAUCUGGGUAUGGUGUCUGUUUUGGUGCCAGAUGUACCAAAUCGUCGUGCUUGGUAUGACGACGAACGAGCGAAUUAAUUGUAGUAGGUAUAGCCAUUUUAGUCGCGAUCCACGCGGCAACGUGGUUUCACCAUUCUCGCGAAAAAGCAUGUGGAAUAAUUUUGCCGACUUCUUCGAUAUCGGUCGUACACGAACGGAUUGGACGAAAGUGCAUACUCUUGAGGAGGCCGAGUAUCCGUUACUGGGAAACGAAGAGGUGUGAGUAUAGCAGAGGUCCGACUCUGGGAACAAUUGAGAUCAAAGUCAGAUACAGGAAGAAGUCAGGGAACAAGAGAUGCAGGUUGACAUAGCUAAUGGUACGUUUACGCCUGCGUGAAGUAGCUUUACUGAAAAGGCACAAAGAUGUUGACUACAUCAACAGCAGCAGCAACAACGACAAUAUCAGCCGUAUUGGUUAUCAGGACGCAGCGUUGAUAAGAAGCCGGAAAAGGCGAUUGAGGUAUCAGGGAUCUGCGCAGAUUUGUGCUAUUGGCGAUGGCCAUUGUUAACGAUCGCAUCUUCCAGCUAACUUAGCGCGAUGCUCAAAGGAUGCGGCUGGCGCCCGAGUCGGACCAACACCCCAUCACCGAAUGACACCAGGUUCGACUGGCAGCAACAACAGCGAGGUUACCGCAGCUAUCUGGUGGUUUACCCUUCACCUCAUUACAGUGCAGUGACGUUGCGAUACCAACGGCUAUUUAGCGGGGUGAUGGAAGUGGUGAACUCGCCUAAUGACAAUGGCCGCCGGUGUCUCGUUGCACACCGUUGGCAGCAGCUCGAUUCGCACACCAAGAUAUGCAAUAGAUAAGUAAUUCGCACCAGGUGCAGUGUUGUGCGUACCUUAGAUUCGAAAUGUGCGACACCCGAGAUGUGUACUUCACUGGCAGUUAUGCAGAACAACAAGCAUUGACGUCGGGAGAAACGACCCCAACAUCUCGUGAUGAAUAGUAUAUCAGAACUAAAUGCUGUUUCUUCUCAUUUUGAUGCUUUCCCGCUAUCGGCAAUGACUGUCUCGCGGUGCUUGUGUUGAGGAAAAAGCUAAGCUUUCCAAGUUGUCGAAUGCAUUGAAAUACUCGAGUUGACGCAUUCCAUUUCCAUGAUCAUAUAAUGGAAAAAGCGUGUUUCGUUUUGUUUAUUUUACUAUUACUUCAAUCUUUAAACUUAUCUAAACAACAGUAAUUUGGUUCUUUCUUUGGCGAAACCUUUAUUAAAAGAAACAUCAGAUAUCAUCAUUCGAUAGAACUUGACCCUGUUUAGGAAUCACCUCUGCUUAAGAAAAAUCAUAGGGAUAAAUGCAGAGAUUUCAUUGAAAAAAAUAUUCCUGUUAUUAAAUAGUAAGUUAGGCUAGCACGGUUGAUUGCUAAUAUUUGGUAGCCGUACUGUAGAUUUUCGUUUUUUAAAGGACAGAAGUGGGCACAAGUAUUGAUGGUAAAGGCGUUACAUAGAGUAAAAGAGGGAUACAAAUAUAGAAUAAAGCCCAUUUCUCCAUCUAAUCGCAAAUUUUUAGUAAUAAAUUAUAUAUAAUACAUGAUAAUAAAAGGUCUAGCUAUAAACACGUAUAUAUAAUUCUAUGCGGUUCACUCUAACUGCAAGGUAUAUUCGCACACAGGCACAGAUACCCAGGUGUUGUACAUAGUUGAACUUAUAAUAUUAUAAGAUUAAAGCUCUUACACGAAAGCGUAUAAAACACAUGAACACGAGAGUCAGGGAAAAACGUACGAAUGACAGAGACAAAAUAAGAAAGACACAUAAUUUGCAAACGAAGUGAGGUAAAAAAGAAAGUGAACAGCUAGGCCUGGGAUAUAGUCGUGUGCAUAAGAAUCAGAGAAGUAUUUUUUAUUUAUUAUUAAGUGACUUCACGUCGCAAUGAACAUACGCUGUUGUUUGCCCACUUCAUAAAGCGAAAAUUUUGUAAACUGUAGGACGAGGAUUACCGGUGAGAUCGACUUAAGCUGGUAAAAAGA